AUGAAUAAAACAACUCAAUCAACAAUCUCUACAACUACAAAUACAACCUCCCCCAUAAAAAUAAUUUCAAAUAAUUCUUCCCCAAAUUCUAUAUCACCACUAUCUAGUUCUCCACCACCACCAAUAAUAACAACAACAACAAAAUUAUCAUCAAAUGAAAUAAAUAAAAAGAAUAAUAAUAAUAAUAAUAAUAAUAAUAAUAAUAAUAAUAAUAAUAAUAAUAAUAAUAAUAAUAAUAAUAAUAAUAAUAAUAAUAAUAGUAAUAAUAAUAAUAAUAAUAAUAAUAAUAAUAAUAAUAAUAAUAAUAAAUUUUCAAAGAUAAAAACAUUAUUAAAAGGUGGAAAAAAUAAAUCAUCAAUACAAUUACAAAAUCAACCACAAUUACCACCUAUAUUUGAUAAUUUACCAUCUGAAGUUAUUGAAAAAAUAUUUAGUUAUUUAUUUGAAUAUGAUAUUUAUAGAGUUUCCUUGGUUUGUAAUUAUUGGAAUCAAAUUGCUAAAUCAAAUGAUAUUUGGUUAAAUAUUUAUAAAAAAAGAUCUUAUCAUUGUGAAUUAUUAAAACAAAAUGUUAAAGAAAUUGAUUUUAAAUCAGUUUUAAAAUUACAUAAAUCAAUUAAAGCAAAUUGGAAAAAUGGUAAAUUUAAAUCAACAGUAUUAACAGGUCAUACUGAAUCAAUAAAUUCAAUACUUUUUACUGGUAAUAAAAUUUUAAGUUCAUCAAGAGAUCAAACUUUAAAAGUUUGGGAUUAUUAUACAAAUGAAUGUAUUAAAACAUUUAAUAAUAAAAGUAUUAUAAAUUGUAUGGAAAAGGAUUUUGAAAAUAAAAGGAUUGCAUGUGGUACAUUGAAUGGAUUUUUAAAUGUUUAUAAUUUAGAGACAUCAACAUUAGAACAUAGUGAAAAAAUUCAUAAUGGUUUCAUUGCAACUUUAAAAGCAAAUAAUAAUUCAACUAUAUUUUGUUCAGGUUCAAAAGAUAAAGAAAUUAAAUUAUGGAAAUUUAAUGAUUUAGAUAAUGAUAACGAUGAUAUAAAUGAAUUUUCACAUUUCAAUUUAUCAUCAUCAUCAUCAUCAUCAUCACAAAAAAAUAAUAAUAAUUCAUUAUUAUUAAAAAAAUUAGGUAAUCAUGAAUUAACAGUGAAUAAUAUUGAAUGGUGUAAUUAUAAUAAUAAUCAUGUUUGGUCAAGUGGUGGUAAAACUAUUAAACAAUGGGAUAUUGAGAGUGGACAAUUGAUAACUACAUAUACAUCACCAUCUCGUAUAAUUAAUGCAGGAUGUUUAUCAGUAAAGAAUGGUAUGGUCGCAUGUGGAGGUGAAGGUCCAAUUUCAAUAUGGGAUAGUAGAAGUGGUGCAAUUGAACCCACAAGAAUCAUUGCUCCAGAAUCUCAAUUCAUUUAUUGUCUUCAAUAUGAACCAAAUUUACAUUCAUUAGUAACUGGUGAUGGUGAUAAUAAAGUUAAAUGUUUUAAUGAAAAAACAGCAACAAUAGAACAAACAUUUUUAGGUCAUACUCAUCCUGUUAGUUUUAUAAAUUAUAAUCCAAGUUAUAUUGUCAGUAGUGGUACUGAUGGUAAUAUUUGGGUUUGGAAUUUUUUAAGUAAUAUGAAUCAAUCAUUAUUAAUUAAUAAUAAUAAUAAUAAUCAUAAUAUUAAUAAUGAUAAUAAUAAUAAUUUAUUAUAUGAUUAUAAUGAUAUAAAUUAUAAUAAUAAUAAUAAUAAUAAUAAUAAUAAUAAUAAUGAAAUUAAUAAUUUUAAUAAUAAUAAUCAAAUUAAAAGUUCAAAUAGUCCAAGAAGAGUUGGUAAUUUUCAUUUAUUAAAUGGACAUAGAUCUUUUAUUAGAGCCACUUUUACUGAUGAAACUAAAAUUAUUAGUGGUUCUCAUGAUAAUUCAAUUAGAGUAUGGGAUUUCACUUCAACAUUACAAAAAAAAGAUCAUAAAUGUAAUAUAAUGUAA